AUGGAUGCCACUGACAGCACUAUGCACGUCAAGACUCAAGCGGGAAUUUCUCGCAAAUGGCAGCCUCGCAGACCAGCACUCGGCCGCAGCCCAUACGUUACGGAACUUGACAAUCUGCUGGGGGUUCUAGCCACUCUGCGCUCUCAGCUCGCCGACCGCACAUUUCGACCUAGCGAGGUGCACCUGGCCUCGACUAUAGAAUCAGCCAUUACACAAUGUGACGAGUGCGUCCAGGAGCUGAGGUCAGAAGCGGAUAAGUUGAAGAAGACUCCCGUGGAUAGCCUUCAGACUGCGAUCAAAGCAACAGGCCGCCGAAUCGCCUAUCCGAUUCGACAGAGUACCCUGCAGAGGCUGGAUGAAGAUAUCGACGAGCUGGUUAGCCAACUGUCCUUAGCCCUGCAACUACUCCAGCAAGGGGUAAUCGACCGCAUUGAGGAUGCCGUUGAAGAUGCCAGUGUGGUUCUAGACCUGGUCAGGGCAUCCCAGGUCUCCUCCGAGAUCAGAGACUGGCUCAAGGCACCCGACGCCUCGAUCAACUUCAAUGAAGCUUGCAAGAUGAAGCACGCAGGUACUGGCCUCUGGUUUGUCAAAGGCGAAUCCUUCUCUGCCUGGCUUCAGCAAGCGAAUUCGUUUCUUUGGCUACAGGGCUUCGCCGGCUGUGGAAAAUCUGUGUUGUGUUCUACAGCAAUCCAGCACACGCUUCGUCACCGGAGGUCUAGUCCACGUAUCGGUGUCGCGUUCUUUUUCUUUACGUUCAACGAUGAGAGCAAGCAGGACGCAUCGGCUAUGCUUCGGGCGCUUAUCCUGCAGUUGGCUGGCCAGUUGCGCGACAACCCCGCCGCUCUUUUGCAAUUGUACCAGAACUAUCGCAAUGCUACACCACCCAGCCAGGCUUUCUUAGACUGCCUUCGUCGACUAACACAGACGUUUCGCGAAGUUCACAUUAUCGUGGAUGCCCUAGAUGAAAGUCCGAGGGGAAAGCAUCGUGAGGCAGUCCUGGAGGUCAUACGUGACAUCCGAGCCUGGUCGGAGCCAAGAUUGCAUCUUCUAAUCACGAGCCGCAAUGAAGUUGAUAUUCGCAAAGAACCAGAGGUUACACCAGCAGAGAGCAUCGCCCUAAGAAAUGACGACGUAGACAAUGACAUAGCCGUUUUCAUUUCCCACCACCUUCGCAACAGUCGGCACCUGAAACAGUGGGAGGCUUUCUACGACCAGAUCGAAGAGGCGCUAGUCAAAAAAGCCAAAGGCGUUUUUCGUUGGGUGGAGUGUCAGUUCAAAGCUCUUGCUGAGUGCCCAGAGAGUGAGGAUCUGCUUGAGCAGCUGCUCCAGUCUCUACCGAACUCAUUAGACGAGACUUACAGACGGAUGCUGGAGAAUAUCCCUGCUGCGUGGAAUAGUUACGCGCGACAAAUGUUGACCCUCCUUUGCUGUGCCACAAGGCCGCUGACUGUCCCAGAGCUUAUCGAUGCUAUUGCUAUCGAGACUGGUGACUACCCCAGAUUCAAUCCAAAGCGCAGGCUCCGAAGCCUUGAUGCCCUUCAGAAAGUCUGCCCCGGCUUCACGGAAGUGGAUCUGAAUCAUGAUGAGAAAUUGCACACCGUUCGUAUUGCCCAUUUCUCCGUCCAGGAAUACCUUGAAUCAGAACGGAUUUCGUUACAUGGAGAGGCUGCAUCCUUCAGACUGGAUAGACAGGAAUCCAAUGCGACGGUGGCCUGCACAUGCUUGGCAUUGCUGCUCGAACCAUGUGUGAUAGGCUUGAAGGCUGAUGACAUUCGAGAUGAAUAUCCAUUUGCAGAGUAUGCUGCUCGGUAUUGGCCACGUCAUUUCGAAAAGAGCUCCCAAGCGUUGGAUGUUGAGAAACAUAUCAUUCGACUAUUUCGAGAUGUGGAUGGAGCUUUUCAAGUUUGGAAAGUGAUCCGAAGGUUCAAGAACGUGGAAUUGACCAUCACUCCGUUUCACUGCGCUGCCUUACUCGGAUCUGUCUCGGUCCUUGAAUCUCUUUGUAGCGAAGAAACGUGUUCCGGUCACAUGACUGGUAGUCAACUUUCAUUUGAAUUGAACAAAUUUUGCGGACGGUUUGAGACAGCUUUGACUGCAGCAGCAUCCGGAGGCCAUAAAGAAAUUGUGAGACUGCUUAUCGACAAGGGUGCUGAUAUCAAUGCUCAGUGGAAGGGGUCAAAUGGUACGGCUUUACAAUUCGCAUCAUUUCAAGGUCACAAAGAUAUCGUGGAGCUACUUAUCGACAAGGGUGCUAAUAUCAACGACGAGGGGGCGAGACAAGUUAGCACAGCGUUAAAUUUAGCAUCCAGUAAAGAGAUCGAGGAACUACUCAUCAACAAGGGUGCUGUUUAUGGAGCCAUGGAAUUAACAUUAUUGGAAGCCCAGAAAGAGGCCGAGGAGCUGUCGGAGCCGGCGGAGCUGUGGAAGCUGGCGGUGUUUAUCAGCACGAUGGCUAAUGCUAAAGCUCAAGCGGAGAAGCCAAAUUGCACGGCUUCACUAUUAUCGUCAUUGGAAUCCGAUACAAUCCUUGUAAAGAUCAGAGACGUUUAUGAAGAAAUUGAUGAAGCGAUCGAAGGAAAAGCAAAAAAAAUCAUGUACAAUAUGAUUCGAAUGAGAAUGGAGUUGGCUCAGCUUCAUUUAAGGCUUUAA